AUGGGAAAUGAGGCAUCUAUUGUGGGGCGAGAAGCCCUGGAGAAAUAUAAGUCUAUAUUACCAAGCAAUGCGGAGUCAUGGUUACAUUGGGAUUAUAUUGUAUACUUAAAAAAAAUUAUGGAUGAAGAUGAACCAUGGAAAGAUCAAAAAUUCUUGAACUUAUUAAACACUCAGUCAAAAAAGGUCCCUGUUGAUGAAAAUAGAAAAUUUUGUAAAUGGAAAGAUAUACAAAAAGAGAUUUUUGAUGCAGUUAUGAAAAAGCAUAAUCAUGUUCCAUAUACAUGGGGCGAUCAUGCAGAGGGUGUACUAAAAUAUUCUAAUAAAACACAAAAGUUUAAUAUGUUAAAUUGUAGUAAAACAGACAUACCCGAUGAAGAUACUAAAACACCUAUAAAUGGAUGUAAUUUUAAUACUGUCGAACUGAGUACAUGUUUGCCGUUUCGUCGUAGAAAUAUUCAUUUAGAUGGAAUAAUAAGUAAUAUAACUGAUAUGGAAAGAAUAAUGUCUUUGGGGAAUUCUGCUGAACUGAAAGCCCAUUUAAUGUUUGGAAUUAUGGCGAAUUCUUUAGGGACAAAAGCUAAAGAAGAAAUUAAUAUAUUAAAGAAAACAGGGAAAAAGGAUGUUGAAAUUUGUAAAAUUAUGCAGCGCAAUUUCGCAGAUUAUAAGGAUCUUUUUGAUGGAAAAGAUAUAGUUUCUUAUAAAAAAUCAAAGGAUUUACAAUGUAAAUUAAAACAAAUAAAUGAUAAGUUACAAAAUGAAUUAAAAAAUGAACAAAAAUACAAUGUGUUAUGGAACAGUAUUUUUAAAAACGCAACCGAUAUAUUAUUAAAAGAUAUAAAAAAUGGAAACGGAGAAACAUGUCAGUUAUAUAAUGAAUCACAAACAGAAAAUCAGUGUUUACGAUUUUUGGAAGAAUGGUUUGAAGAAUUUUUGAAAAAAAAAAAGAAUAUACAAAAUGAUUUAAUACGAGCAUGUUUGUAUAAUGAAAAAAAAGUUGUUAAGACCAAAGGUGGAAUGGCACAAAUGGAUUGUAAUUUUUAUUGUAACGCAUAUGAGAAUUUUUUACAAAGUAAUAAAAAAUGUUAUGAUAAUUAUCGUAAAGAAUGUAUAAGAAAUAUAUCAAAAAAUAAAAAUAUGGAUGAAAAUAUUGCGAAAGCUGAUAUUAAUGUUCUUUUAAAAAAAAUAAAACGAAAAACAAAUUGUGAUGAUUCGGCAUGUGGAAACGAAUAUGAACCACAUUUAAAUGGUUUGUUUGAUAAGAAUAUUGAUUAUCUACAUAAAGGAUACCAUUGCGGAUGCAGUUCUGAAAAUCAAAAAAAUUCUAUAUUUAAAAAGGGUACAAACAAUAUAUUUCUUGAAGAAGUAUUGAAUGAAUUAGGUUUCUGUUCUGUUACUGACGAUGAUUUGGACGGAACAGUUGGGGGUAACGGUGAUAAAAUAAUGACGAAUAGGGAUAAUGUGAAGGAUAUUUGUGGUGUCAAUUAUUAUGAUUCUUUUAUAAGAAAAAAUACAAGAAAUCCCUGCGAGAGUAAUACGAUCAAAACAAAAGGAUGGAUAUGUGAUGGAACAACAAGAUCUGUCGGGACUUUAUUAUCACCGUGGAAGAAUAAAGCUUGUUUGGCUCCACGAACACAAGCGUUGUGUUUAGGAUUUCUUCAUACUAAUGAUAAAAAUGGAAAUUAUUAUCAUCCAAUAGAAAAUAUUGAUAGUAAUGAAAAACUAUUAACAGAAUUAGUUUAUGCUGCAAAUGUUGAAGGCCAAAAUUUAAAAAAAAAUUAUAAAGGAAGCACCGAUACUGAAAUGAACAAAUUAUGUAAUGAUUUGAAAUACAGUUUUGCCGAUCUUGGAGAUGUGAUUCGAGGACGAAGUAUAUGGGAAAAUAUAUAUACUAUAAACAUGGAAACAAAUUUAAAAGCUAUAUUCAAACGAAUAUAUGACAAAUUACCUAGUGAAAAAAAAAAUAUAUAUAAUGAUAUUACUAAGAAUUAUUAUGAUUUACGCGAAACGUGGUGGAAUACUAAUAGAGAAUAUAUAUGGAAAGCGUUAAGUUGUGGUGCGGGAAUGGACAAAUAUAAUCGUUGUGGAGAUUCCGUACCCAAUAUAGAUUAUAUGCCGCAAUUUUUGCGCUGGAUGACUGAAUGGAGCGGUCAUUUUUGUGAGGAAAAAAAUACAUAUGAUAUAACAUAUAUUCAUAUUAAGAAUAAGAAUGAGGAUAAGAAUAUCAAAUCAAUGUGCACAGGGUGUAAUUAUAAUGGAGCUGGAGAUUGUUUAACUAGUUAUCCAGAAUCGGGUCAUGUUUCAUCAAAUCCAACAUGUUCAGAAUGUAAAAAAACAUGCGAACAAUACACACAAUGGAUACGAAAUCAGAAAAAAGAAUAUGAACAACAAAAAAACAAAUACAACGAAGAAAUAAAAAAUGCAUUAAAAUCACAACAAAGGAGGACAAAUCAUUCUAUGUAUUUAAAGAACAAUAUGAACAUUACUGAAUUUUUUACGAAAAUUAAAAAGGAUUAUCCAAAGGCAAACCAGUUUUUACAAGAACAGUUGAAAGAAACUGGUUGUGAUCAAAAUGUAGAAGCAGUGAAUUUUGAAAAAGAACCAAAUACGUUUUAUGAAAAACAUAGAUAUUGUAGAACAUGUGCUGAACAAAAACAUCUCGAAGAUGCUACAGGAAUAUCAUUUCUUCCGGAUGGUCUUCCAGGACGUUAUCCAUAUAAUCCAAUUCUUACAGGAACAACUAUUGUUCCACCAAAUACCACAGGUUCACAAAACAUUCCGAGAACUACUGCACCUGGAACAUCUGAUCGCGAACUUAAAGAAGAAAAAGAAAAACAUGAAUGUGACGGCGUGUUUGAUGGAAAAUGGAACGAAUGGGAUUGUAACGAAACAGAUAAAAACACACAAUCAGUAUGUAGGAAAAAAAUUGAUACAGAUUAUAACAAAGAAUUUUUUGAUUUAUUUCAUGAAUGGAUAGAAGACUUUUUAAAAGAACACAAACAGUUUAUUACCAAGGUAGAAUCGUGUAUUAACAAUAACGCUGGAAAUAUAAGUAAUUGUCCUAAUGAAGAAUGUCGAAAUCAUUGUCAUUGUUAUAAUAAAUGGGCACAUAAUAAACAAAAAGAAUGGAAUUCACAAAAAGAAUUUUUUAAAACAAAUAAUAAAGAAAGUUUUGAAUUAUUUAGUCAUGGAGGUAAUGAUUAUUAUUUGGAUUUAUAUUUAGAUAACUUACAUUUUCUUAAUGAUUUCGGAAUUCAUGAAAAUACUACCCCUAGUUCACAAAUACAGCAAAAAAUAAAUGACGCGAUAUAUAAAUCAGAGGACUGUGUUAAAAAAUGCCCGAAACCAAUAAAAUGUGAGGAUAAAGGAUUUGACAAUGAUUGGCAAUGUGAUCAUGCUACUAGUUCUCUAGGUUACACUAAUAAAUCUAUGUGUUUGAGAAAAGGAGAUGAUAAAUACGAAAAACCAAAUUUAAAUGAAUUAGAUACGGUUUACAAAUUUUAUGAUGUAUUUAAUGAAUGGUUAAACGAUAUACAACGCUUGCUAGAAGAAAAUAUUGAAAUAUUGAAAUCAUCAUGUACGAACAAAUUUAUAAGUAUGAAAAAUAACACAAAAAAUAAUAAGAAUAACUGCAAUAUAUGUAGAGAUGAUUGUAAGUGUUAUGAUAAUUUAAGAAAGAAAAUUAAUGAACAAUGGGAAAAACAAAAGCAAAAUUUUAAAAUAUAUAAAAAUUUUGAAGAAAAUAUGAUGAGAAACAUUGAUCUUGAUACAUAUUUGGAAGCACAAUGUGAAUAUAAUUUGACAGAAAAUGGAAAAAGUGAAAGCGAAGCGCAAGAAAAAUGUUCGAAAAAAAACACUUCUAGUGGUAGUAGAAAUCACACAAUUUUUGACGAAAUGUUAGAAACGAAAUCUAAAGAGAAACAAUCGGUGUGUGAAUCAUGUGAAAAAGUAAACGAAAACAAACCUGUUGAUGAAAAAACAUGUAAAGAAAUUAGUGAUAUAGAUAAGAACAAAUGUAAAACAAAAGAUUAUGAUGAUCCAAAAGAUCCUCAGAAGAACGAGCCCAAAAAAUCGUGGGAUUGUAGAAACAAAAAUAGUAGCAAUACAUCAAGCACACAAAUUAAAAAAGCUGUAUGUGUUCCUCCUCGAGGACAAAGCAUAUGUGUAGCAAAUAUGGCAGAUACAAGUGGAGUAAUACAGGAGCCUUUGUCCAAGGAAGAUGAUUUGAAGACAAAAUUAAAAGAAGCAAUAAAAACAGAAACAAAAGAAUUGCACAAAUACUACAAACAAAAAAAUAAAAGUGGUACCACUAGUGGACAAGUACCCCCUGGAUUUUGUAAUACGGCAUACCGUAGUUUUAAUGAUUUCAAAAAUUUGGUGACAGGAAAUAUGUUAUGGAAACCUCCAAGUAUUAGUGCAAUAGACACAAAAAUUGGUCAACUCAUACAAAAUGGUAGUAGUGGUACCGCUAGUGCUGAGGAUCGGUUAAAGUGGUGGAAAAAAAACGAAUCCGAUUUUUGGAAUGCUGUGAAAUGUGGGAUCAAGGCCGCAAAUAGUGGUUUGAAUGGCAAUGAAUGCCCCCGAUUUAUUUCGGAUGAUGACCAGUUCGAAUGGUGGGCAAAAGAGUGGUCGGACGAUUUUUAUGAUAAACGUAAAAUAUUGGUUGGACAAAUGGAGGCGAAAUGUGGUAGUGGUAAUAGUGGAUGUAGUGGUAGUAGUAACACACCUAAUGGAGUUUGUGGAAUCGAAUGUGGUAAGUACAAAGAUUUUCUAGAAAAAAAAAGGAAGGAAUGGAAGGAUAAUUUCAAAACAUAUUUAGAUGAUAAAGAAGAACAACAAAAUACACAGAGUGUUGAUGACACAAAAACAUAUAGUCCACAUAAUUAUUAUUUAUUGUAUCCUUGUACAUAUCAAAGUUGUGAUGGCACACAUAUAAAGGAUUUGUUAGGUAAUAAAGAGCAUGGAGAAUAUGAAAACAAAUGCACAUGUAAAGCAAAUAGUAGUAAAACAAAAGACGCACAAUCAUCUGAAAAUAACCAUUGUAACACUAGUUUUGAAUUCCACGCAUGUAAUGAAAAAAAAUAUAAGUUAGGUUCGUGGAGCAGCACAUAUAUGAAAAAUCCUAAAGAUCGAGGUAAAGUUUUUGCCCCACCAAGACGUAACAGUAUAUGUAUUGGGUGGUUGUUCUCGCCAAUAGAAACAAAUGGUGGAAAAAGUGGUAAUUCCAAAGAUAAAGCCAAAGCUGAAUUGAAAAGUAAAGUUAUGGACGCAGCAAGGGGCGAAGCCCAUUAUUUGUGGAAAAGAUAUCUUGGUGGUAGUAAUAGCGGUGGUAAUAGCGAUGGUAAUAGUGGAAAUACAGAGGAAUAUUGUUCCGCACUGAAACGUUCGUUCGCAGAUAUUGGAAAUAUGGUUAAAGGUACAGAUAUGUGGAUGGCAGGGUAUUCGCCUCUCGUCGAACAAAAUAUAUACAAUGUAUUUGCAAUGAAGGAUACUAGUGCUACUACACCACCUAUCGAGGAACAAAUAGAAAAAGAACGUAAAGAAUGGUGGGAUCAAAAUAAAGACAAUGUAUGGGAAACAAUGUCGAAAUGUGAUAAAAACAACACGUGUGAAAAAAAUACACCUACUGAUGACAAGAAACCUCAGUUUUUAAGAUGGCUAGAAGAAUGGGGAGAAUAUAUAUGCGAACAAAGGGAAAAACAAAUAAAACAAUUGGAAAAGUUGUGCAAAAAUGGAAACGACGUAGAAAAUGAUAAAAAGUGCGACAAAGGAAAUAAAGAAUGUAAACAACAAUGUUAUAAAUACAAUAAUUGGAUAAAUGUAUAUAAAAGGGAAUGGUUAGGCCAAAAAUCGAAAUACAAAGAAAUAUAUGGAAACAAAGAUAAACCAGGAUAUAAAGAUUAUGAACCAUAUAUAAAGAGCCAUGCCAAUGCAAAUACAUAUAUAGGAGAAUCGAAUAAUAAAUGCAAAAGUAGUGGUACUAGUGGUGGAUCCAACAAUAUAAACUUAGAUGAUGUUUUCCAAAAACGUGAUGAUCAAUAUAAAAAAUACGAACCCUUUUGCACAACGUGUCGAGUCAACGAAAUUGCGGACACGGUAAAGAAAAAACAAAAACGUGGACGUGUCAAUCCAUGUGCCAACCCUAGUGGUAGUCAACCCACUACAAGUGUCGAACACAUCGCAAAAACCUUACAUGAGGAGGCAAAAAAACAAUUGGAAGAUAAUGAUAGUGAGAAUAAGUUGAAAGGAAAGCCAGAGCAAGGUGAAUAUAGGCAUAACUCCGGUGGUAAAGCAAGUACGUUAACAGAUAUAUGUAGUAUAACUGACAAACAUUCCAAUGAUAAACGUGUACAUGGUAGCGAUUAUAAAGGUCCCUGUACAGGUAAAGGUACAGGUAAAGAUAAUAGUGAACACACGAGAUUUGUUGUAGGAUUUCAAUGGCUAAAGGAUGCAAGAAACAUGAAUCAAAAUCACAUGGAUGUCAUUAUGCCACCAAGAAGACGACAUAUAUGUACCUCGAAUUUAGAAAAUUUAGAUGUAGAAAGAGCCGAAGGACUUAAACAAGACAAUAAAGUUAAUCAUUCAUUUUUGGGAGAUGUAUUGCUAUCUACAAAAGAGGAGGCAAAAAAAACAAUAGAAAUGUAUAAACAAAAGAAUGGCCUAAAUGGCCAAAAAGAACCAAUAGACUCAAGACAUCAAACGACAAUAUGUCGUGCUGUACGUAGCAGUUUUGCAGAUAUGGGAGAUAUUAUUAGAGGAAGAGAUCUGUGGAGUAGAAACAAAGAGAUGAUAGAGCUAGAAAAACAUUUGGUAAAAAUAUUUGCUAAAAUUAAAGGAACACUUCCUGGUGAAAUUCAAAGUAAAUAUGAUAAUACAGAUAGCAAAUAUUUAGAUUUACGUAAGGAUUGGUGGGAAGCAAAUCGUGGCAAAAUCUGGGAUGCCAUGAAAUGUCACUUAGGAAAAAUGAAUGAUACGUCGCCUGACGGAAAAUCAAGUAGUCAUUGCGGUUACAAAGAAAGUGUACCACUUGAUGACUAUAUCCCCCAACGGUUGAGAUGGAUGACCGAAUGGGCCGAAUGGUUUUGCAAGGCACAAAAACUGGAGUAUGAUAAGGUGAGGAUGGAGUGUAUCAACUGUAAGAAUCAGGGUAGUGGUGGUGGUAAGUCUGUAACAUGUAAUGAUUGUGACAUAUGCAAAACAGCUUGUGGUAAAUAUAAAGGUAUUAUUGAUGCAUGGAAACAACAAUGGACAGAAAUAGAAACAAAAUACCAAUCAUUAUACCAACAAGCAAAAAGUGCUAAUAAUUCUAGUAGUAAUAGUGGUGAUCCACAUCAAAAAUAUCUUGACGAAUUUAUACAGAAAUUACAAACACUAAAUGGCAGUAAUAACACAUUUGAAAAUGCUGCAGCAUAUGUACAUGAUAUAGGUAAUUUUGAUGAUUGCCAGGAACAAAAUGUUUUCUGUAAUAGUGGUGGCAACAAUUAUGCUUUUAAAUAUCCACCACAUGACCAUGAAGCUAAGUGUAAGUGUACGACACCUGCUAAACCCGUUGCGGUACUACCUCCAGCAGCAGCCGCAGCAAAACCAACUAGUGAUCAUAAUUCGCCACAGGCAGCCAAACCCGCCGCAACCAAGCCAGCAACAACAAAACCAGUGGUGGAACCGACACAUGGUGGGGGACAAGGACAACAAACACAAUCACAAGGAACAGAACCUGAUCGUGGUGCUAGCCCUACUGUUACAACCAUUACUGCAAGUACAUUAGAUGGAAAAGGAAUACUUUCAGUUACUACGGUCCCAUCUACCGCGACUGUCGCGGAUCCUGUGGUUAAUCCCACGACUGGUUCCCAGGGUAAUCCCGAUCCUGAAGCCGAUCCUUCACGUCCACAAGGAACAAGUACUAGUAGUAGUGGAGAACCACCACCACAAAAUCCAACGUUACCCGUUUCAUCACCAACCAUAAACCCUGAACCAUCAUCAUCAUAUAAACCUACCCCUCAAUUUCGAAAUGCAGUUAAUACGGAUCAAACAUUUAUUGACAGAAAUAGAAAUUUUGUCGAUUCAUCUAGACCAUCUAGUAGUAGUAGUAAUGCUUCCAAUAAAAAAAAAAAUAAAAUACCCGUAGAAUAUAUGAAUUGUGUUGAAAAAGCUGCAAAUGAAUUACAAAAAAAUGCAGAAAAAGAAAUAGAAAAUGUGAAAAAUACAUUGAUGGGGACAAAAACAGAAGAUGUUUAUAAAACAGAACAAAAUGGUUGGAGUAAUACUAGUAAUUGCACAAUAACUAACCCUAGUAGUAAUACUGGACAAACAUAUAACUGUGAUGGAAAUGGAAAUCCGUUUGAUGAAAUAGACAAAUGGAGUUGUGACAAAGAUACAAAGAAUGUGACCAACGAACAUAUAUGUUUGCCUCCAAGAAGGAAACAUAUGUGCACAAAAACAUUAGAAGAUUUAAAAGAGGAUAGCGUUCAAAAUACAGAUGAUUUACUGAAAGAAGUUUUAAUUACAGCAGCAAAUGAAGGAAAACAUUUAAAAGAACAAUGGAAAAAAACGGAAAGUACUCAAAAAAAGGCAGAUGGUACAACAAAUAGACCAAGUAUUAAACGCUACGAAUUGUGUGAUGCUAUGAAGUACAGUUUUGCCGAUCUAGGAGAUAUUAUAAGAGGAAUGGAUAACUAUAAAGGUAUGAAUGGUACUAAUGGACUUGAAAAACAAUUAAAUGGGGUUUUUGAAAAAAUAAGAACACAAUGGGUAAAUGAGAAUGGAGGAAAACAUAAAGAUAAAUAUAACGAUGUAACAUCAUUUCGAUAUGCCUGGUGGGAUGCAAACAGAAAAUAUAUUUGGGAAGCUAUGACUUGUACUGCUCCAGCUAAUGCUUAUUUUACGAAAACAUAUACAGAUGAAACAGGAAUCCAAAGUAUAACUUUGUCACAAUAUAAAAUGUGCGGACAUGCAAACUAUCCACCUGAUGAAGAUUACAUUCCUCAACCUUUUCGAUGGUUAACUGAAUGGAGUGAACAUUUCUGUAAAGAACUAAAUAAAAAAAUGGAUGAAAUGAAAAAAGCGUUUGAUGAAUGUAAAAAUAAAGAUGAGAAAUGUACAGAUGAUACAAAUGAAAAUAACAAAUGUAAAAAUUGUAAAGAAAAAUGUGAUGACUAUAAAAAAUUUGUUGAUAAAUGGAAUUCACAUUUUGAAAACCAAAAUCAAAUAUUGAAACAAUUAAAUAUAGAAGCACUAACUUCAGGAAGCAAUACAAAUAAAAUGAAUUUUAAAAACUUUUUGCAGAUGGUAAGAGAAACAAAAGGUUGUUCUGUUGAUGAUGCUCAUAAAUAUCUUGAUCAAACGAGUAAUUGUACAAAAUUCAAAUUUACUCAGUAUGGUAGUACUCAUCGUGCCAAUACCCCUUAUGCAUUCGAAACUUAUCCUAAAGAAUAUAAGAACGUUUGUAAUGGUAAUGACCAUUCAUCGAUUAAUACAGAUGGAAGUAGUGGAGGAUGGUUUAAAUUCGGGUGGAAAAGUUUUCGAUUACCAAAAUUCCGUGGUAUCCGUGUUGGAUGGCUACAACCCAUAAUUCCUCGAUUACCGGAACCUACAAUUAUUCCACUUCAAGUUGCCAAUACCGUACUAUCACAUCAAGAAGAUAUAAAAAAAGUUGCAGAAAACAUUAAUGAGGCAGUGGGUGUUGUUGCCGGAGGUAUAAAUACUGCAGUUGUAAAAACAAAAGACGUGGUAAAAAACAUUUUGAUUCCUAAAAACCCUGAACAAAAAGAUACAUCAAUAGAUAGUACAACAACAACAAAACCAAAUCAACCAAAACAAAAAAAAAUUGAUCCUUAUAUACAUUCUAGACCUGAAAUAUACGUUCCAGCAACUAGUUUAGGUCUCUUUGUUCUAGGAUUUAUUCUAUAUAAAUGGAAAAAACUUCUUCCUCGAAGUAAACGACAUGUCGACGAUAUGAUCCGGAUAUUAGAAAUGCCACAAAACGACUAUGGUAUCCCUGAUGAAGCAUUCACGAAUAGGUAUGUCCCAUAUGGUCGAUAUAAAGGAAAAACAUACAUAUAUGUGGAAAAUGAUACAGAUGAUGACAACUAUGUGGUAACAACUGAUACAUCUGAUAUUACAUCUUCAUCAGAAAGUGAGUAUGAAGACCUCGAUAUUAAUGAUAUAUAUCCCUAUAAAUCGCCAAAAUAUAAAACUUUAAUUGAAGUAGUACUAAAACCAACUAAAAGUGAUAUAACAUAUAGUGCUGACACACCAAAUAGUGGUACUAUACCACCUAUACCUAGUGACAUACCCACGAAUAAACUUACAGAUGACGAGUGGAACGAACUAAAACAGGAUUUUAUUUUGAACAUGUUACAAAAUGAUAAUAUGGAUAUAUCUCGUGAAAAUAUAAGUGGAAACAUUUAUAUGGACAACCCACCCCAUACUGUGGAUAAUAGGUUUGGAGAAAAACCUUUUAUUACACAAAUCCAAGAUAGAUAUUUACAUGGUGAUAACCAGGUUAGUUAUAAUAUUGACUGGAAUAUACCAAAACAAAAGGAAGUAACUAGUAAUAUCGUGGAUAUUCCGACAUAUGUGUCACAAAAUCUAUAUAGUGGUAUUGAUCUAAUUAAUGAUUCUCUAAAUGGUAAUGAACAUAUUGAUAUAUAUGAUGAGUUAUUGAAAAGAAAAGAAAAUGAACUAUUUGGAACAAAAUAUAUGAAACAUACAACAACAAAUAGUGUUUCCAAAAAAACAAAUAGAGAUCCUAUAAUGAACCAACUAGAUUUGUUCCAUAAAUGGUUAGAUAGACAUAGAGAUAUGUGCAACAAAUGGAAUAAAAAUGAAAUGUUAACCAAUUUAAUAAAUGAAUGGAAAAGCAAUGAAAAAAAAUAUAUUUCCCAUAUAAUGAGUGACCAGUUAUUAAAUCCUAUGGAUACUACCAAGUUAUAUACUAAUGUUUCUAUGAAAAUAAACGUGAAUGGGAAUAAUUCGAUCCCUGAUAAUGUAAACCAGUAUAUUGAAGAUGUUUCUAGUAUUAAUAGCUUAUAUAAUAUUGAAAAAAAUGUAGACGAAAGAUAUGUAAAUGAUAUAGAUGAUUCUUUUUUUUGA